AUGGAAGCGCCACCGGCGACUCCGCCACUACUUGCGGUGCUUGACGGUUGCGGUCAAGGUAGCCCCUCCGAUUCAGACCUUUCAUCAAGCUUUGCCGGUUCUUCUCCAACCGACAACUCCAGCGACACAAAGCCCUUUUGCAGAGGUAAAAACGCAAGGGAUGCAACCGCCGACAUUUCCAGCAAGUCGGACGCAUCGUCCGAAAGCGAUGCCCCGACGGUCGAGACCAGUUCUGGGCCCCAAACGUCAGAUAAAAACGGCUCUUCUGACUAUGUCACUGAUACUGAUGCCGGCACGAAAGAGGACCAUGAGGCUCGUCAGGCUAAAACGGCCAAGGUCGUGACACCAGCUGAAACGAUCAGGCCAGGGACCCUCUCGGAACAAACUAUCGACCCAAGUCUAGGGCGACAAAAGGACCACGAGUUGGCUUGGGAAGACAGGGCCAUGAAGCUUCAUUCCUACGAUGACAUCCUCUCCGACGACGGAACAUCGUCCGAGUGGGUCUGCAAAGAGGACGAACGGAAGCGCCAGAAAUGA